UAGCUAUUACAACAAGAAAAUGAACAUACGUGCAUCCGUAUCAGUUAUAAGAAUAAUAUCUCUGCUAGUAUGGCUAAUGUUUGGUGCAAUGUCUGCAAACAACUUGCAAAACACAUUGUUCAAGAAAAUACCAACUAAUGUGACAUCUUCACGUGUUUGCCGAACAGCAGUAACCACCACUGCCGCAUCUAGCAAAUUAUCUUGUCUAAAGAGAUGCACAUCCAAAUGCAUGGCCGUCACAUUCAAACAGGACUCCGGUGAAUGUUCGCUAUGCAAUAUACUUGGACUUGUUUUCAGCCCUACGUUCGGGGACUUGCAGGCGUAUGAAAAGGAAUACAGAAAGGAAUUCAUAGCCAGCGACUUUACCGCCUCCUGGCAAUACGCACAUAGUCACUGCAACCAGUACUUCGACGGCCUCGCCAUUGUCCUCGAUCAACAAGAUAACGACAGACUUCAAGAAGCUAUAACAGUUGGCUCCAAUCCCUCACCACAGCACUGGAUCGGGGGUUCAAAGGUGAACAGCACUUGGUACUGGAACACCAACGAAGGGGAUCUUGUAGAUUUCAUUUGGUUCAAUUGGGGUCACGGGCAACCUGAUGCUGAGACAUGCAUAAGGCUGACAGAAUGUGAUAUAAGGUGUAAGCUGAUAGAAUUUGAUGAAAUGUGUAAGCUGACAUAA